GAUGGUCUCCUUCCUGAUAAGAUGCCAAAAGAACAAUGAAAGAACAGCUUCUUCUUCUUCUUCUUCACUUUCUCUUCCCGCCGUCCUCCGGAGGCAUCGCUCUCUUCAUCUACCCUUUUUUUUUCUCUAAAGCAGGACCGCUGGCGAAUGAAAUGGGCGAAUGGGAUCUACUGGGCCGCCUGCUGGAUAAAGUGCAGAGUCACUCCACAGUCAUCGGCAAGGUCUGGCUCACAGUGCUGUUUGUCUUCCGGAUCCUGGUCCUGACCGCCGGCGCUGAGAGGGUGUGGAGCGAUGAGCAGUCUGACUUCAUCUGCAACACCAGGCAGCCCGGCUGUGAGAACGUCUGCUACGACCUCGCCUUCCCCAUCUCUCACGUCCGCUUUUGGGUUUUUCAGAUCAUCGCUGUAGCGACCCCGAAGCUGCUUUAUCUCGGUCACGUCCUUCAUGUGAUCCACGUUGAGAAGAAGGUGAAAGAGAGAAUGAAGAAGCAGGCGGAGCUGGAUGACCAAGCCACUCUGUUCCUUAGGAGGGCGUACAAAGUCCCCAAGUACACCAAAAGCAGCGGCAAGGUCAGCAUCCGAGGCCGUCUCCUUCGCAGUUAUGUCCUCCAUCUUGUGGCCAAGAUCAUCCUGGAGGCUUUAUUCAUCGUGGGUCAGUACUUUCUUUACGGUUUCACCCUCCAGACUCGCUACGUCUGCGCCCGCUUCCCUUGCCCUCACACGGUGGACUGCUUCCUGUCCAGGCCUACAGAGAAAUCUGUCAUCAUCUGGUUCAUGCUGGUGUCUGCGAUCGUCUCCCUCGUCCUCGGUGUGGUCGAACUGGUCUAUCUGUGCGUGAAAGCUGUGAAGGAGUGCAUGGCGAGGAGGCAGGACUACACCGUGACCCCGGUGACGCCUCCGCUUUCGGAGAGGAAAGCUUAUAAAAGUCUAGACGAGAUCACCCAGAAUUGUGUCAACUUGGAGCUGGAGCUGCAGGGUAGAAAGUUGGGGGUGAACGGGGUCGCCGGCAGCGUGAACGAGGUCGCUAAAAACGUAUCAUCUGAGAACAACAACAUGGGGGAGGUUCACAUCUGAAACAUGGCGGCAGUGAUAGUUCCGCGUGUCCGCUUCACCUGAGUUCCUGUGUUUGUGUGCUUUGGGGUGAUGGUGAUGGUAACCAGCUUCUGUAAACAGGAAUCAGUCACAUGUAAAAUGCUGAUUAAAACGACUUCAGGUGACCUUUGUGACUUAAUACAAUAAAAAAACAAACCUUGUUUUCUUGAGUUCUCGGCAUAAUUUUAGACAAUGUAAAUUUCACAGUUUUGAUUCAAUAAACAUUUUAUAUUCAAGAUUCAGAUCUGUUUUAAUUCAGUUGGAAUACCAAAUGUUUUUACAGAUUGUCCGUUUAACAUUUAUGUCAUUAAAGUAAUUUUGACACCAGA